AUGGAUGAGCAGCAGAAGAAACUCAACCAGAGGCACGAGGGGAGGCCCCGCAAGGUGAGGUUCAAAAUCUCAUCCUCCUACAGCGGGCGGGUGCUGAAACAAGUCUAUGAGGACGGGCAGGAGCUGGAGCCCCCCGCCAAGGAGCACUCCCUGCGGUCCCUCCGCCACAGCUUCGAGCCAGAGGACCCUUUCUGUGGGGCCAGGGAACAUCCAGAGAACAGGUUCUGCCCGCCAGCCAAGCUGACUGCCCAGAGGAUCAGCAUAUUCAAGGAGGACAGGAAAUACAGUCUCACCAGCAACUCGCCUCUGCUCGGGGACUGCCAGCCUGGUGACAGUCACUGCAGGGCUUCCCCAAUUCUAGAUUUUGGCAAGAUCAUAAUCUACACCAACAACCUGAGAAUCAUCCGUGCACCCAUGGACCGUAAAGAGCUGAUGAGAAGAAUCAUCCAGACUGAGGGGGUCAGUGACUGGGCCUUUGUCUACCGGGAAAAGAAAGAAAGGCUUGGUGGUGGACACAAAAGAGAUGUGGAAAAGAAGGUUGCCCGCAACCAGUAUGUGCAGGAAGGAGAAGCUGAACACGGUUGUUCCCAGUGUAAAGGGUCGGGCUCUGCUCCUUGCUCCCUGUGCCACGGAAGCAAGUUUUCAAUGCUGGCAAACAGGUUCAGAGAGUCCUACAGAGCUCUGCGGUGCCCGGCGUGCAACGAGAGCGGGCAGCAGCCCUGCCAGAUCUGUGCUCCCUGA